UUUUAGGUUUUUAUGGCUUCAUCACUGGAAUACGAACCAGAUGUGUGACAAUUUAGUCAUUGAGAUUUUGAGUAGCUUCUUGUGGAAGGAAUCUUUCUAAUUGCAGUUCACAACUGCCUUUGUAAAGCACAUCUUUCCAACUGAUCUAAGAACACUUUCUGCAUUGUCAGUCAACUGUGCAAGGAGAGUCACCAAGUCGACCAGGCAAGAGAAUGCAAAUGAGUAUGAUGCACAGAAUGAUACAAACAACAGGGGGAUGUCCUCGCCUCACUAGAUUCUCUUUUCACGCCCCUAAGAUGGUAGAGGUGGAAUUCGACAAUGGCAGUCUGUACCAUUUGUCAGCCGAAUAUCUGAGAAUAUAUAGCCCUGCUGCUGAUAGUAAGAUCCGUUCAGUUGGCGGUGAAAAGGUGAUAUCGGGAAGGCGUUACGUUGGGAUGAUGUCAGCAGAAGCAGUAGGGAACUACGGUGUGAGGUUGGUCUUCGACGACAUGCACAAGACGGGUAUCUUUACAUGGGAUUACUUGUACCAUCUUGGAUGCAACAAGUUCCCCCUCAUGAGAAAUUACAUCAAUACCCUCAAGAGGCAUGGACUGACUCGGGAUCCUCCCCCUCCAAGAAGAAAGUGACAAUAAGUAAGAUCCCAUACAUUUGGCUCUCAUAUACAUCAUAAGUUUCCCAGUCCUUUUCUAAGGCAAUCAUAAGACCAAUGUUAACAGAAUCCCUACUUUUGGGUACGGAUAAGAUCUGCGUACACACACUGUCUUCAGACCUUACUUUUUUUUUGGAAUUUUAUUAUUUUAUCAGGUUUGUUGUAAUAGGACUAAUAAAGAAAUUAAAAUGACCAAU